GCCAAUAGCAAGGAGUGUUGUUGGCAGGCGUUGUAGCUCUGACGUGGGGGAGGGGAAGAUCCUGAAGCCGCGAGUCAGGCAGGCAGCUCUUCUUUGAACCUGCUGCAGUUCAUCAACAACACCUUGACUUGUGGAUGACAGAACUGGACACAGUAUUCCACCAGCGCUUGCACCAGUGCCAACUACAGAGGGCCAGCUGCACAACAGUAACACUGUGCUAUGCUUCGAGAUGUCAUGGGAAAAACCUUUCGACUUCUGGGGUAUACCAUUCAAUAUGGCUGCAUAGCACACUGUGCCUUUGAGUACCUUGGAGGAAUUGUUGUGUGUUCUGGACCUUCAAUGGAACCAACAAUUCAAAAUUCUGACAUUGUCUUUUCGGAGAAUCUUAGCCGCCAUUUUUAUUGCAUUCAGAAAGGUGAUAUUGUAAUUGCAAAAAGCCCGAAUGACCCAAAAUCAAAUAUCUGUAAAAGAGUAAUUGGCUUGGAAGGAGACAAAGUCUGUAUAAGCAGUCCUUCAGAUUUCCGUAAGAGUCACAGUUAUGAGCAGGCUUUGCAACAUUUAACCUUCUUUUUGGCUGAACUGUUUGAAAGCCUGUUUGUUGGGGGGAAUCAUGACACACUGAGUGACUUGCGAAGCAAGAAAUACUGAGGAUUGAGCAAAUUAGUACCUUCCCCUCUCCCUUUCUCUGAUUCUGGUGUCCACCAAUUAGUGGCUAGAUAUGAUAGUAAUCUUAUUCAGUUAGUAGAGACACUAUCUGUUACCAGUAGAAUCUGUGUAGCAUCUUUAUCACAGUGGAGACUUCAGUUGCUUCUAGGAAGCUGCUGACUCUGAGCCAACAAGAAAUAUCUUCCUAUCCAUUUCUGUAGGAGUUAUGUUCAACUUGCAUCAGCUGGAAGUUUCUGUUGGCAUAUUUUACAGAUUCUAAGCUUGUGAUCUCUGUGCUCAUCAGUACCACUAUACCUGGGACCUAAAACCAAAGUGUGUUCUAAAAUCUAGUUCUACUACUCUCCCUAAAUUUGUUCUUGAAUUCACUGCUGUGUGUAAAUGGGGAGGAGGGAAUGGGAUCCUUUAUUAUUAUUGCUAUCACUUUAA